AUGCCGCUGCUAAGAAGGCUUUCUUCCAGUUUCAAGAGGAACAAAAGUGCAAAGGCCAACGGCGUCAAUGGUACUCUGAGUACUGUCGACGAGUCUAGGGCUCCAUCUACUGCUGUGAAUGGUGACCAUGUCAAUGGCACAAGCUCAAAUGGUGCUUCUAUCGGUCAGAGCCUUGAAAAGACAAAGGAUGUUCAACGGCCUUCAGCGCCUACGCUGGCGACCACCUCGAAUCCUCCGGAGCCGGUGAAAGAAGACGACAAGGCUGUGGCUUCACGAAAGGAUGUCGAAAAUGUCUUCACACAGUUCGCAGCACUCAUCCACGCUUCGCAGCGUCCGCUCCCGACUCAAUCGGGCGACGGUCAAUAUCUAGAGAAAGAGGAGCCGACAGGACUCUGGAAUGAUCUAAAACACUUGGGGAUUAAGGACGCUGAAACAGCUUUGCACCUGGUUCAGGACAAACUCAGUGGCGGUCCCGUGGAUGACCGCAAAAUGCACAUGGAGGAGGCUAUUCAGCUGGUCGCCGCCCUUCCUGAUCGCUCUGCAAAUCGAGUCAAAAUCACCAGUUCGCUUAUUGACCUCCUCUGGAAUUCCUUGCAACAUCCGCCUCUUUCUUAUCUUGGAGAUAGCUACCAGUACCGUUCAGCUGACGGCUCAAACAACUCGUACAUGUUUCCGAAACUUGGUGCGGCGAAUACCCCUUACGCACGUUCGGUGCAGCCAAAGAUUUCACAGCCAGGCGCGUUGCCCGAUCCAGGACUCUUGUUUGACUCAUUGUUGGCGAGAGAAGAGUUUAUACCUCAUCCUAACAACGUAUCGAGCAUAUUCUUCAACUGGGCUUCGCUUGUCAUCCAUGUUAUAGAUCUUUUCCAGACCGACCACCGUGAUUUUAGCAAUAGCAAGACUUCUAGCUACCUGGACCUGUCAAUCUUGUAUGGGGAUGUUCAGGAAGAUCAGGACAUGAUGAGGACAUUCGAGAACGGCAAGAUCAAGCCAGACUGCUUCGCAGAGGAAAGACUUCUGGCUUUCCCACCAUCUUGCGGUGUGAUGCUCAUCAUGUUGAACCGUUUCCACAAUUAUGUUGUCGAACAGCUGGCUUUGAUUAACGAGAAUGGCCGGUUCACGCAGCCCUCUACCAAGCUAUCCGGAGACGCAGCAAAGGCGGCUUGGAAGAAAUACGACAAUGACCUCUUUCAAACAGGCCGACUGGUUACUUGUGGACUCUGGAUUUCUAUCGUGCUUAAUGAUUACCUCCGUACUAUUAUCAAUUUGAACAGGACAAACAGCACAUGGAGUUUGGACCCCCGCCUGGAUAAACCAAAAACCGUUGGGGAGGACGGCACCCCGCGAGGAGUUGGCAACCAAGUGAGCGCCGAGUUCAGUCUCUCAUAUCGCUGGCACUCUUGUAUCGGACAAAUGGACGAAGCAUGGACGGAGAAGGUCUACGAUGAGCUCUUCGGAAAGAAGCCAAACGAUGUGUCGCUGCAGGAGCUGAUGAUCGGGUUGGGGAAAUACGACAAAGAGCUUCCCAAGGAUCCACUUCAGCGGCCAUUCGCCCACCUCAAACGGGAUGCCAACGGCAAGUUUGAUGACGGGGAUCUUGCCAAAAUCUUCCAAGCCGGUGUCGAGGAGGUGGCCGGCGCAUUUGGUGCACGCAAUAUCCCCAAGUCACUUCGAGCCAUCACGAUACUAGGUAUUAUGCAGUCUCGGGCGUGGAACCUAUGUACCCUCAAUGAAUACAGAAAGUUCUUCGGCCUGAAGACAUACGACACAUUCGAGGAAGUUAACCGAGACCCGUAUGUGGCCGACCAGCUCAGACACCUGUACGAACAUCCUGACUUCAUCGAGCUUUACCCAGGCCUUGCGGUGGAAGAAUACAAGGAGCCGAUGGUGCCAGGAGUCGGUAUCUGCCCGACACAUACCAUUUCACGGGUGGUGCUUUCCGAUGCGGUCGCCUUGGUCCGUGGCGAUAGAUUCUACACCAUCGACUAUACUCCCAAAAACCUCACCAAUUGGGGCUUCAACGAGGCGGCCUCUGAUCCCAGCAUCAAUCAAGGCUGUGUCUUUUACAAGCUCCUCUUAAGGGCACUGCCAAAUCAUUUCACGCCCAACAGCAUUUAUGCUCACUAUCCGAUGACUAUCCCGAGCGAGAACGCCAAAAUCAUGAAGAAUCUCGGCCGUUUUGAGGAUUACGACUGGAAGACUCCGGAGUAUAUUCCUCCCCGCGUCACUUUGACGUCCUACGAGAGUCAAAAUAUCUCCUGGAGCGUCCUCAAGACUUUAAAGUCAUGUGGAACGACGGCCUAG